AUGGUCAACCCAGACGAGGACACAGAAUUUAACGACGCCCUUCGGCAUCAUGGUAUUCUGCCCCCCAAACCACCCUCGCGCUCGCCCUCCCCCGACAUCCCCCACAUAUCCCAUACCGACGCUGUGCGAGCCGUAGCAGCCACAGCCGAUGCGGACCAGCUUGUCACACUACUAGAAGCAGAUAACCUAGAUUCAGACGAUGAGAGGAUGUUUGAAGAGUACAAGCAAAAGAGGCUGGAUGAGAUGAGGAAAGAGGAGAAGAGGGGCAGGUUCGGCACGAUGGAACCCCUAGGUCGAGAAGACUUUGUGAGGGAAGUCACAGAAGGAAGCAAGGUGGAUCCUGAUGCUCCGGCUGAAGAGGAAAAGGAGGAUGAGGAGGACAAGCCGUCGUCGAGAUUAAAAGGCACUGGCGUUGUUGUCUUUUUGUUCAAGGACUCUGUGCCCCUGUCUCAGCAUCUCCGCCCCCUUCUACACCAGCUCGCUGCGGUCCACACUUCUACAAAGUUCCUUUCCAUCCCUGCCGGUCUCUGCAUCGCCAACUAUCCCGACAAGAACGUCCCGACGUUGUUGAUAUAUCGAGAUGGAGAGCUGGUCAGGAAUGUGGUCGCUGGUGCCGGACUCAAGGGAAUGAAGACUACUGUCCGAGAUCUCGAGGCGCUGCUGUUGUAUUUCAAGGCUAUCGAGAAGCCUUCGUCGGCUCUUCAAAGAGCGGAACGUCAGGGCGAUGAUUCUGAUUCUGACCUGGAUGACGACUUUAAUGACGGGGUGGGGACUAUCAAUGGGAGAGGCGGGGGUCUGAGAAGAGGCGGAACGGGGGUGGGGACGGGGCGUGGGAAGGCGGAGAGUGAUGAGGAUGACAGCGAUUUCGACAUGUAA